AAUAACUCUGCAUAACGAAUACUGAAGGAAUAAAUUUAGUGGUCAUGAACCCAAGAUUCAAAGUUAUGCAGACGAUCAUUACAUCUGACGAUAAGCAAACAUUAGGUGAUGCAGAUGAAAGCAGAAUCCCGGAAGUUGCUGCCAAGUCAAACAAACAAGGAAUAAAUCAUACUAACUAUGGUAAAAUGUCGUACUGGUCCUAUUUGUGGCGAAUGGCUCGUCGAUAUAUAUUGUGUCCUGAGUCAUUUAUUCUCAUAGUUUUGUUAGUGGUUCUUUACAACACAUUUGUGAACGUCCCACCUCUAUGGAGACGAGCGAAACAAAAACUAGGGAUUCCUUCCAGGAAUUUUAUAUAUCAAAGUGGCAGUAGUUCACAAAGAAGUGAUGAUCUAUACUGGCCAUCUGACCCUAACAGAUUUUCAUGGGAUUUUAAAAGUAGCAAUGUAGCUGCCUAUUCAAUACAAGGACGUAGGCCGCAUAUGGAAGAUAGAUUUCGAAUUCAUAAUAAUGGCAGUGAAGUUUCAUUAUAUGGAAUUUUUGAUGGACACGGUGGUGAUUUUGUAGCUCAAUACGCAAAAGAUAAUUUAUUUUCCAUGGUGCUAUCCAAUGUGAAUGACAAUGAUGAAGAACAUGGGGAGAUUUUAACCAAACAAAUCUUAGAGGUGGAUGAACAGAUUUUACAACAAACAAAAAAACAAGAUGAUUUAUCAGGGUCAACAGCUCUAGUUGCUAUGGUAACCAACAAUACACUGACAGUAGCUAAUGUAGGUGAUUCCAGAGGUGUAAUGUGUGAUAAGGAUGGUAAAACAGUUCCACUGUCUGUAGAUCAUAAACCUAAUGAGACGAAGGAACAUCAAAGAAUUAAAGACGCUGGUGGCUUUGUAGGAUUUUACGGUGUAUGGCGAGUAGCAGGGAUUCUAGCUACAUCGAGGGCACUUGGAGAUUACCCGUUAAAAGACAAACGUUUUAUAAUUGCUGAACCUGACAUUCUAACAUUUAAUCUAAACGACGUUCAACCUAAAUUUAUAAUUUUAGCUACAGAUGGAUUAUGGGAUUGUUUUUCAAACGAGGAGGCAGUGCAAUUUAUUUUAGAACGUUUAGACGAACCACAUUUUGGUGCUAAAAGCCUUAUUCUACAAGCAUAUUAUCGUGGAUCUUUAGAUAAUAUAACAGUUAUGGUAGUUAAAUUCGAUAAAAGUAAUUUUGAAACUAAAACAAGCUAGUCACAA